AUGCGUCAUAUAGCCCCCGCAGAUGCCACUACAGCAAAUGGCAUUAGAAACGUUAUGAAACCAGCAGAUCCGUUUGCCACAUCUCCCGCCCUCACAGUGUCACGUGCUCCAGAGCCCACGAUUACUGCGUAUCAAACACGUAAUGUAAAAUCUACUAUCGUGGAUUUUGACCCCUUUAGCCCGAAAGGCUCAACACCGAGAACACUGUUUGAUUUAUCCGACAAUGCUAUUACAACACAUAAUCCACUGAACUCGAAUGAUCGUCUGCCUUUUUUUGGAGGCAAACGCCUUACUCAGGAAGAGCAACGCUUGCAGUUAGGCUUUUCGCCGGAUGGAUUUGCUACAGUUUCAUCGAAACCAUUGCAACACAAGAUAUCGUUAAGGGAUGUUAACCCGAACGCUACAAGCAACUUUGAAGACAACAAUUCAUGUUUUCUUGAGGGCAAUGAUGCAUUUAUGCACUCCGCUUUUGCCAAUCUUGAUGACUUUGAAGCAAACGCAGUUGGACAAAGUAGUGGAAUUGAACGAAAUACGUCGAGCAAACCCGCGGAAUCAACUGGUCUAGCAGAGGAUUGUGAGACUGCAAAAGGAUGCGGCAAGGGCGAAUACGAUGUCUGCUUCGAAAGUGGCCGUAAACUUGGCGUUCUUAUGGAGCGUGUUGAUGUGUGGAACUCGUCUAACGAGCGCAAGGAGACUGCUGUGGUGAAGCUGGUGGUUGAAAAUGGCGCUGCUGACCGUGUGGGUGUGUCUAUUGGGAGCACCGUGGCAGCUCCACGACCUUUGUGUAUGCGGUUUGAGCGCGGAUCUCAAGCCAAUGAUACUACACAGGGUAACAUUCUGACGAGAAUCUCGAAUGGAACCUUUAGCGUUGGCAACCUUACGUCGGGUAACGCAACGUGGACAACUAAGUACUUCGCUUUUGGAGGAUCUAAAAUGGAUGUUCUACAGCUUUUCGUGUCGAGAGCAGCUUACCAUGAGUGCGUGAUUGCGUUAUACGAGAAGCGAGGUGUGCAUACACAGGUUCAGUCUUUUCGUUUGUGCCGAGACCAUAAGAUCUCCCCAAUCAAGUGCAAAAUCUAUAAAGGCUACGGCAACCUUCACUAUUUUUCACUUACAGUGCCAUCUUUGCGUUUUGUGGCUGCAAAGUUCGCAAGUGAUGAUUACGGAACAAUUAAGAAUAUCUGGUCGAACAUUUACGACGCUAUUGAGCGCAAAAAGCGAAUGGCGUACUGA